AUGUUUGUUACUCAUUACUUUGUUGGAUUUCGAGUGCAUUACCACCUGUUUACAGAUCAAGCGGAGGAAGUUCCUGAUGUAAAACUAGGUCAAGAACGUUACCUGACAGUAAAGAAGGUUCCAAGUAUGAACAGAUGGCAGGACAUCAGUAUGAGCAGGAUGGAAAUACUGGAGAAACUAAUAGAGAAUGAACUGGCCAGUGAGGCCAACUAUAUUUUCUGCCUUGACGUAGAUACAAAGUUCUAUGGUCGUUGGGGUGUGGAGUCUUUGGGUCGUCUGGUAGGUGUGAUACAUCCUUGGUUCUUUAAUGUUCCAAGGUUCAUAUUCACAUAUGAGCGUAGACCAGAGUCUCAAGCAUACAUUCCAGAUGGAGAGGGUGAUUAUUAUUUUACUGGCGCUGCAUUUGGCGGCUCAUUGAAAGACGUACAUCAUCUCACCAAAACCUGCCGGGAGCAGAUGAACAUUGAUAUUGCAAACUCCAUUGAGGCGAUAUGGCACGAGGAGUCUCACUUGAACAAGUAUUUCCUUUAUAACAAACCCAGUAAACUGCUUUCACCUGAAUAUCUGUGGCGGGACAUUAGUAUGAGUUCAGGCCAAGUGAAAAUAAUUCGCCUCUCUCAUGUUGCUAAAAACAAUGCUGAAGUUCGUCCAAACUUGUAGCACUUUUGUUAAAGUUUAUAUCCACAUCAACAUGUUGAGUUUCACAAGAAAAAAAAAAUUUCGUAUUCGUUAGUUUUGGAUCAAACUGGUUUUAACAGCCUUUGUUCUUGAAAAAAAAAAGUUUGUAGAUUGCAAAUUUGAUUAAAAAACAUGAUUCAAGUGAGUUAUGUUUCCACAGAGACAUCUAACUGAAAGACAUUGUACAGUUUUGAUUAUGGAUCAUGAAUGUCAAAUCCUGUUUUUAGGAUUUCGGUAUCUUCUCUGUCUUUUUCUAGUUAAAAAAAAAAAAAAACUAGUUUAACAACGUUAAAACAACAUUAAUUUACCUGAAAAGCAAAUGGUAUGAAAAUAAGACCUGUUUCUUGACAUCAAUUAAAAUGUGUUUUCUCUCUGUUUGGAGAAUUUGUUUACUUGUUUUAAGCAUAAAAUUCAUUAAAUGUGUUAUGCUUAUUAUGCAUUUACCUCAAAAUACCGAAAACACACACUACUUUUAUAAUAAACCCAAACAGUAACACUUGUAAUAAUGUAUUUCUUUAGCCAUGAAUGUAUUAAAAAUGUAGCUACUUCUUAUAUAAUUAUGGUACAUUUGAGAAAACUUUAAACAUAAUAAAACUAAUGAUAAUACAUGAUUCGAAUUAGAUCAAAAACAGUAUUCAAAACAUCCAAUUUACUGAAUAUCCCACAAGCUGUAAUUUUGCCUUUGUCUUAUGCUGUUUCACAUGUGUUGCGUUUGUAAUGUUUGCAGGAAAAUAUUUUAAAUCUAUCACAAUAUCUGGUGUGCACUGUAGUCCUGAAACUGUAUUGCAACCUGCCACUCCUUCAAUUCAAUCCUCCUAUUUGCACACCUGUACUUCAGUUUGUACAGGCGUCUUUUAAACCAUAAUUUAAAUAUAGAUCCGGCUUAUCCAGAAUUAGACACAAUUAUAAAAGUUGUUCAGCAAGAUUUUCUACAAACAUUUGCUCUCCUCUGACCAUGUAGCAAGUAGUAAUUUGGAAAAAUUAUAUGGAACUGUAGUUUGGUCAAGGAACUACUGUCUAUUACAACUACUGUCUAAUCGGAAUUAAGGAUUCAACUGCAUUGUGGCGUAAAUUGUUAUUAUUAAUCUAUUUAUUUUGCAUUUGGCUUGCUUAGGACAUUAAGGAAUGGUAUUCCACUUUAAAACAACAUUGACUGUGAGAAGUGCUAUCCAAAUAAAAAUGUUUUGUGUGUGUUGUUCUGUUGUUGUAAUGCAUGCUUGGGCAAUCAGCCUCUUGUACACCUGUAUGCAUUAAAAGUGCUAAAAGACAAGAA